UUGUAUACAUUUGUUUUAUUCUAUAUUUUAUUUUGAGUAUACACUUGUAUAUAUUUUGGUUAAUUGCGUAUUAAUUUAUCUAAGUAUGUCUACUAAUGUGCGCAGUUUAAAAUAAUAUUAGUUAUAUAUACUGAAUGCUGUCAUGUUAAUGUAUAGAGGUUGUAUAAAAGUGGUUACGGGAACAUUCUGGGAACCCUUAAAGAACGUUCUCCGAAGGUUGUGACAAAGUAGCGUGUGUGCAGCCAAAGACUAACGUUAGGGGAACGUUAGGAAAACCCAGGGGGGGAACCUUCAGGGAACGUCCUGGGAACCAAAAAUGUUGAGCUGGGCUGAUGUUCGGUAGUGUCCUCCGGACAGGAGUCACCUCUUUCUCCCUCACCAGAGACGCCGAAGGCGGCGGAGCGGUGUUUGCACACGGCGCAGACAAUGUUGGUCAUGAGGCUGCUUCAAACUCUGAGUAGUUUGCGACAAGCGGCUGCUCCGGUAGUUUAAACAGGUUGAACCGAAGAUUUUAACUUAUUUAAAAUUGUAUUUGUUCUAUUAGUAUGCGUUUGAGUUAAUUUGAAAGGUUAUUUAUUAUUAUUUAUUAGCUAUUUGGCUUUGAGGGUUUACCGUGUGCGUGUUUUACAUCCAAAGACAUCAGUUAUGUCCAACUAUCAGGAUCCGGAGACAAUUCCACUGGUGACGGAUGUGAGCAGCGCCGACACUGCGUGGAGUGUGCCCAACCACAGUGAGCUCAAUGGUGGCGUCAGACAUUGCCAUGACAACAGCCACGCGCAGGAGGAUCGCGAGCGAGAGAGGAAGGUUGCCAGGAAGCGGCUGUACGUGGUGUCUGUCAUCUGUCUGAUUUUCAUGAUUGGUGAAAUCCUCGGUGGGUAUUUUGCAGGCAGCCUGGCGGUGAUGACCGACGCUGCUCAUCUCCUGGUGGACUUCACCAGCUUCAUCAUCAGCCUCAUCUCGCUGUGGCUCUCCUCCAGACCUGCCACACAAAAGCUCAGCUAUGGCUGGCACCGGGCAGAGAUCGUGGGAGCGCUGCUGUCAGUUUUCACCAUCUGGCUGGUAACAGGUGUGCUGGUGUACCUGGCUGUGGCGCGCCUCAUCAGUGACGAUUACACCAUCGAGGGCAGAAUCAUGCUCAUUACCUCUGGCUGUGCAGUGCUAGCCAACAUUAUCAUGGCCCUCACCCUUCACCAGUCCGGUCACGGCCACAGUCACGGCGGGCUCGGCUCUCACGGCCACAGUCACGGCGGCAAGAAAAGACAUCAGUACAAUGUCCAUGUAGAUGUGGAGCAGAAAGGAGCAAAGCACAAAGCGAGGGCUCAGCAGGCCAACGCCAGCGUGCGAGCGGCCUUUGUCCAUGUGGUGGGAGAUCUCCUGCAGAGCCUCAGCGUGCUCGUCAGUGCCAUCAUUGUCUUCUUCAAGCCUGAAUAUAAGAUAGCGGACCCCAUCUGCACCUUCCUGUUCUCCAUGUUUGUUUUGUGCACCACCUUCACCAUCAUGAAAGACAUUCUGCUUGUCCUAAUGGAAGGCACUCCAGCAGGUGUUCAGUACAGUGAGGUGCGGAGCGGUCUGCUGGCAGUGAAGGGGGUCACAGCAGUCCACAACCUCCACAUAUGGGCCCUCACCGUAAACCAAGCUGUACUGACUGCUCACGUAGCCAUCGAUGAGUCCGUGGACGCUCAGGAUGUCCUCAGAGAAAUGACGCAGGCGUGUUUCUCCUCCUACAACUUCCACUCUGUGACGAUUCAGGUGGAGCGCGAGGCCGACCUGAAGCCUGGCUGUGCUCUGUGUGUUGGACCUGACCUGUGACCUGUGAAAGUCACACAUUACUGUACGUUUGAGUGCCUUUAUUUUGACAUUUAAAAAAUCUUGUUAUUCAAAUAAAAAGACAUUUUAACUCUUAUAUAAAAGUGGACUAUUCGUGUCUGCAUCUUAAAACAAGUGUUGGAAUCAUGUUGUCACACAUCAAAAGUAUUGUUGCAUGAGCCUCAUCAGACUGUAGCUGCAUUAGAUGCUGAUUACAGCUACAAAUGUUUAUACAAAGUCUGAUCAAUUUAAAUAGAAACAAGAGUGAAUAUUCAUCUUUAUCUUUCAUCCUGUACGUGGAGAGCUUCAUCAUACCUCUUCACUGUCUGUGUUCUGGUGUCAUCUGUAUUAUUCAA